AAGAAAAUAUAUUCAAAGAGGUAAAUAGAAUUCAGAGAGGCUCAAAGAGGUACCAGAAGAAGUGGUCUUCACAUCUUCCCUUCUAAGUACGAGGUGGGAAAUGACAGGUUCUAUCAACAAUGGGUUCCCUCAAUCUAACUCACCAGCCGAAACCCAAUCCACAGGUGGAGAGAUUAAUGAUAGUCCAAUCGAGCAGGUGAGGCUUACAGUCCCAAUCACAGACGAUCAAACAUUGCCAGCUUUAACAUUCCGGACAUGGGUGCUGGGGGUUCUUUCGUGCAUUCUACUUUCCUUCAUAAACCAGUUCUUCCGGUUCCGUCAGAAUCCGGUAAAUAUCAAAGCCAUUUCAGUCCAACUAGCAAUCCUUCCGGUGGGAAAGCUGAUGGCUGCGAUGCUACCGGAGAAAACCGUGACAAUGCCGAUCACUGGGUGGUCAUUCUCCUUAAACCCUGGGCCAUUCAACAUGAAAGAGCACGUUCUUAUCACCAUCUUUGCUAAUGUUGGAAGUGGUGGCGUUUAUGCACUCCACAUUGUCACCAUUCUUAAAAUUUUCUACAAGAAAGAUAUCCAACCCAUUCUUGCCGUCUUGCUAACCCUAUCCACCCAGAUGCUUGGAUAUGGCUGGGCUGGUCUCUUCAGGAAGUACCUUGUUGACUCACCUUUCAUGUGGUGGCCAGUCAGCCUCGUUCAGGUGUCCCUGUUCAGAGCUCUACAUGAGACGGAAAAGAGGGUAAAAGGUAGAUUGACAAGGCUUCAAUUCUUCAUCAUAGCACUCGGCUCCUGCUUUGCUUAUUCUAUUAUCCCAGCCUAUUUCUUCCCCUCAUUAACUGCCCUCUCUUUUAUUUGUUGGAUAUGGCCUAAGUCAAUCACAGCCCACCAAAUUGGUGGAGGCGUACAAGGUCUAGGCCUCCUAUCAUUUGGACUCGACUGGAACGUGGUGUCAUCCUUUCUUGAUAGUCCAUUGGCCUUCCCAGCCUACUCCAUAAUUUGUUCGAUUGUGGGUGCCUUCCUCGCACUUUAUGUAGUAGUACCCAUCCUUUACUGGUCCAAUGCCUUUGAAGCAAAGCAGUUUCCAAUCUUCUCAAGCCGAACAUUUGAUGAAUCUGGAAACCGCUACAAUGUCACAAGGAUCUUGGAUCAGAAGACUUUCAGUUUCGAUCAACAAGCCUAUGAUAGCUACAGUAAGGUUUAUCUCAGUAUCAUUUUUGCAUUUUCUUAUGGUACAAGCUUUGCUGCAUUAGCUGCGACUCUCUCCCAUGUCAUUCUUUUUAAUGGAAGAUCAAUUUGGAGACAAAUGAAAUCAAGCAUACAAAAUAAGUCUGGAGAUGUCCAUAACCGGAUAAUGAAGAAUUAUAACUCAGUCCCACAAUGGUGGUUUUACACAAUCUUUGUUGUUGUUCUUCCAGUUGCUAUUUUUGCAUGUGAAGGUUUUGAUGGAAAACUACAACUUCCAUACUGGGGUGUCCUAUUAGCCAUCACUUUGGGUCUAGUUUUUACACUGCCUAUUGGUGUAAUUAAAGCAACUACAAACCAACAACCUGGACUGAAUGUGAUCACUGAGCUAAUUAUUGGUUAUCUUUACCCGGGGAGACCUAUUGCUAAUGUGGCUUUCAAGACCUAUGGUUACAUUAGUAUGGAUCAAGCAGUAUUUUUUCUUUCAGAUUUAAAGCUGGGACAUUACAUGAAGAUCCCUCCUAAGUCCAUGUUCUUAGUUCAGAUGGUAGGGACAUUGAUCAACAACAUUACCACAUUUGGCACAGCUUGGUGGCUUCUUAGCACUGUGGAUAACAUUUGUGAUGUUACUAAAUUGCCAAAAGGAAGUCCAUGGACAUGUCCAGGUGACAAUGUCUUCUACAGUGCUUCUAUUAUAUGGGGUGUGGUUGGUCCACUUCGUAUGUUUGGGAAGCUUGGUGUGUAUGCGAAGUUGAAUUGGUUUUUCCUUGUUGGCUUGAUUUCACCAGUGCCAGUCUGGUUGUUAAGUCUCAAGUUUCCACAACACAAAUGGAUAAAACUCAUUCACAUGCCCCUCAUCUUCUUAAAUGCUUCUUCAAUGCCAGAGGCAAAGGCUGUUAAUUACUGGACUUGGGGUGUAGUUGGCAUCUUCUUUAAUGUUUAUGUAUAUAGAAGGUACAGAGGGUGGUGGGCUAGGCACAAUUAUGUUCUCUCAGCAGCCUUAGAUGCAGGGGUUGCUUUCUUGGUUCUCCUUGUCUAUUUCACUCUCCAAAUGAAUGGUAUGUCAGGUCCGGAUUGGUGGGGUGCAGAGGAAGGUGAUCAUUGCCUUUUAGCCAAUUGCCCUACAGAUCCAAGGAUUAUAGUUGAUGGCUGCCCAGCCUUGUCAUGAGAUUAUUUCUUUCUUUCCAUUUUUAUUUUUUAAGGCGAAGGCAAAAAGCCAAAAGUGGAGUAGAGAUGCUACCUUGAUUAUUAUACAAUCAAUAAGUUAUGUGAAUCAUUAAAAGGGAGUUUUGUGUUA